AUGGCGCCCCUAAAAUGUCACGUUUGUAGAGAAUCAAAGUCCAAAUACAAGUGCCCUAACUGCGUCGCGCCAUAUUGCUCUCUGGGCUGCUUCAAGAAACACAAAGAAAUACCUUGUUCAAAGCCGGCAGCGGAGGGUCCUUUUGCUAAGCCUGCAUCCGCCCAGAACGAGACACCAGUUCCUGCUGGUGAAGUGCAAUGGCAUGCAGAGCGUCCGUUAACUAUUGAUGAUCCUACCAUGGUGCUACAGACGUCUCAGCUGGAGUCUCUAGCUUUUUCGAGUGAAAUCUGUGAUGCUUUGAAGGAUGACAACUUGCAGAAGCUGAUCCUUAGCGUUGACUCUUCCCCAGAUCCAGAAAGCGAACUUGCGAAAGCCAUGGAGACGGAUGCAUUUCGAAUCUUUGCUGAUAAGAUUUUGUCCAUCAUAGGUCCAUUGCCGUGA